UGUUGGAGAGUCGUUUAUUGACAAGGGGAGAAGGUGACUUCUCGGCUACCGAAGGAGACUCUCGUACAAAUCUUCACUCAUAACUCCCUUACGAGUGGGGUUUUGUUAAUCAAGUCACCAUGUCUUCUUUUGGAAGGGCGUUAGGCGUCCUUCGGGCCGGGUCUCAGCUUCUUAGACGCGGUCCAGGAAGGAUAACGAGCAGAAAGGCCAGCGGCGGACCUCACAUCGAGCCUCAAUACAGGCAAUAUCCACAACUAACCCAGAAACAGCAAAUUCAUUCUGAGAUCCUCAGCGGUGCCAUGUGGUUUUGGAUCCUUUGGAACUUCUGGCACACUCCAGAUGCAGUUCUGGGUCACUUCCCCUGGCCAGAUGCCUCUCAGUGGACAGACGAGGAGCUGGGUAUCCCCCCAGAUGAUGUAGAAUAAGAUUGCGACGGAUUCAAGCUGCUCGGAUCAUCUUUGCAGAAAUCUGGAUAUUCUCAAAGUCGUUGUUGUACAUAAACUAAUAAAAUUACUUUAAGUUAAAA